GCUACUUAAUCGAAUUACAGACACAGUCACGCUCCUGCGCCCACACCGCCGUGACUUUGCCAUUCCGGUCAUUUAUUGCAGUUCACAACCAUUAUUUAUUGGGAGAGAUGAUGGGCUCAGAGAAUGUCGAAGAGUUCAAGGAGGAGAUGGAGAGUCUCUUCCUCCGCGAAGAAUCUGAUCGCGAUUUCAACGGCGAUAAAUCCAACUCUAACUAUCGUAGCGCUAUGUCAACUCUCUCCGACUCGCCUCACCCGUCUAUCCUCGUAACUCCGGCUGAUUCCGAUCCACUUUUUGCGCCUCCGUCUUACUACAGCGAAUCUCGGAGCCCUCGUUCUAAGCCAAAUGGCGGCAACAGAGACAGCUCUUACCUCGAGCCUCCAUCUUACGCCGAUGUAAUCUUCAGCCCUUUCGAUGAUAAUUCCGAGAUCAACGGCUCAGAUGAUGGCGGUAGCCGUCAUAGUCAGUCCUCUGAUACAUUAUCUAGAUCUUCGUCUUCUUUGAGCUCUGAUUUCAUCAAGAUCACUGUUUCCAGUCCUCAGAAAGAGCAAGAGGCCACAAAUUCGAUGAUUCCUGGAGGAACCACUUACGUCACUUACCAGAUUACGACUAGAACGAAUCUCCCUGAAUACGGCGGGUCGGAUUUCAGCGUGCGGAGAAGGUUCAGAGAUGUUGUUACAUUGGCAGAUAGAUUGGCUGAGUCGUAUAGAGGGUUUUGCAUCCCACCGAGGCCAGAUAAGAGUGUGGUGGAGAGUCAAGUGAUGCAAAAGCAAGAGUUUGUGGAGCAGAGAAGAGUUGCAUUGGAGAAAUACUUGCGCAGGCUUGUUGCGCAUCCUGUGAUCAGGAACAGUGAUGAAUUGAAGGUUUUUCUUCAGGCGCAAGGGAAGUUACCAUUGGCUACGAGCACGGAUGUGGCUUCAAGAAUGCUGGAUGGCGCUGUGAAGCUGCCUAAACAGUUGUUUGGUGAAAGCGGAGGAGCUUCUGCCGUUGAGGUGGUUCAGCCGGCUAGAGGAGGUAGAGAUUUGCUGAGAUUGUUCAAAGAACUUAGACAGUCAGUCUCUAAUGACUGGGGUGGGUCAAAACCACCUGUUGUGGAAGAAGAUAAAGGGUUUUUGGAGAAGAAGGAGAAAAUGCAUGAUCUUGAGCAACAGAUCAUUAAUGCUUCACAGCAGGCUGAAUCUCUCGUGAAGGCACAGCAAGACAUGGGGGAGAUUAUGGGGGAAUUGGGAUUAGCAUUCAUUAAGCUGACAAAAUUUGAGAACGAAGAAGCUGUCUUCAAUUCUCAAAGAGCUCGUGCCAAUGAUAUGAAGAAUUUAGCCACUUCGGCUGUAAAAGCAAGCAGAUUUUACAGAGAGCUGAAUUCCCAGACGGUCAAGCAUUUGGACACACUCCACGACUACCUUGGCCUUAUGAUGGCAGUCCAGGGCGCCUUUGCAGAUAGAUCUAGUGCUUUACUGACAGUGCAGACGCUCCUCUCUGAACUUUCUUCACUGGAAGGAAGAGCAGAGAAGUUAGAAGCUGCAUCAUCAAAGGUCUUUGGCGGAGACAAAUCAAGGAUUAAGAAGAUAGAAGAGUUAAAAGAAACCAUCAAGGUCACUGAGGACUCCAAAAAUCUUGCCAUCAGGCAGUAUGAGCAGAUCAAGGGAAAUAACUGGUGUGAGGUUGAAAGGCUGGACAGGGAAAGGCGUGCAGACUUCUUAAAUAUGAUGAAAGGGUUUGUUGUUAAUCAGGUUGGAUAUGCAGAGAAGAUCGCCAAUGUGUGGACAAAGGUUGCUGAGGAGACAAGUCAAUACAAUAGAGAGAGCUCUUAACAUGAGAGCACCCCUGUAAUUAUUCUUCAAUUCAUUGUUUCGGGCUUAAACCAAAUUUUCGUAUCUUUUUACUCUGUUGUCCAAAGAAACCAAAACAAAGAAGAAAGAGCUGGUAAAAUUCUUCUUUACUGACUCAA